CCAGCAUUUCUUGUUUAAGUUAAACUAAAUAACCUGAGCUACUUCUUGCUGAAAACCUUUAAAACACACCUACUGUAUAUUUAUUUUGUCUUGGAAAUGUAAAAGAGUUUGAAACAAAGUGAAGAUUUGCUUUCUGAUACUGCCAAGAAGCAGAGGACUGGUACAUUUUGCAACAGAAAUGUACCGAAGAGGAAGGAUGGAGUGUUUCAUCAGUGAGACAUUUAGGGAAGUAGAGAAAAGGCAUCUUGUCUAAUACGCUUCAGUAAAUAUGAAGGGCUGGUGCAGUGGACACUGGAAGCACUCGAUCAAUAGUCUAUUUAAGUGGGAAUAGAUGCAAGCAUGGAAAAGUGAUUGCUUUGUUUUGUGUGGGGUGUGUUUGCAGAGGACGGCAGCAGAACAUCUACAGGAGAAACUAUGACUUGGAACGACACCACUAUGGACGGGGAAGGGUUGCUGGUGGAAAGGGACUCCUCUUCCUUUCGGAUCCUCACGGGCUGCUUCCUCUCGCUCCUGAUCCUCUCCACGCUGCUGGGAAACACGCUGGUCUGCGCAGCUGUCAUUAGGUUUCGCCACCUCAGGUCCAAGGUGACCAACUUCUUUGUCAUCUCCUUGGCUGUGUCAGAUCUCUUAGUGGCAGUUUUGGUCAUGCCUUGGAAAGCUGUGGCCGAGAUCGCCGGUUUCUGGCCUUUUGGUUCAUUUUGCAACAUCUGGGUGGCCUUUGAUAUUAUGUGCUCAACAGCCUCCAUCUUAAACCUCUGUGUCAUUAGUGUGGACAGAUACUGGGCCAUCUCCAGCCCGUUUAGGUACGAGAGGAAGAUGACCCCCAAGGCAGCCUUCAUCAUGAUCAGCGUGGCGUGGACUUUGUCCGUGUUGAUCUCCUUCAUCCCAGUGCAGCUGAACUGGCACAAGGCUACAACCACGAGCUUUUUGGACUUCAACGCCAGCUUACAAGGUGUAAGCAUGGACAACUGUGAUUCUAGCCUAAACAGGAUGUAUGCCAUCUCCUCUUCUCUAAUCAGCUUCUACAUCCCCGUGGCCAUCAUGAUAGUAACCUACACCAGGAUAUACCGGAUUGCUCAGAAGCAAAUCCGGCGCAUCUCGGCUCUGGAGAGAGCAGCAGUGCAUGCCAAGAACUGCCAGAACCCGGGCGGCAACAGGAGCAGCAUGGACUGCCAGCAGCCAGAGAGCAACUUCAAAAUGUCCUUCAAGAGGGAAACAAAGGUGUUAAAGACUCUCUCGGUGAUCAUGGGGGUGUUUGUGUGCUGCUGGUUGCCGUUUUUUGUCUUGAACUGCAUGAUUCCCUUCUGCGAGCCCACCCAGCCGUCCAAGGGAGCAGAGGCUUUCUGCAUUAAUUCCACCACCUUUGAUGUUUUUAUAUGGUUCGGAUGGGCGAAUUCUUCCCUCAACCCCAUCAUUUAUGCCUUCAACGCUGAUUUCCGCAAGGCGUUCUCCAGCCUGCUGGGCUGCUACAGGCUCUGCCCCGUGUCUGGCAAUGCCAUCGAGACUGUCAGCAUCAACAACAACGGGGCAGUGGUUUUCUCCAGCCAGCACGAGCCCAAAGGCUCCAGCCCCAAAGAGUCCAAUCUGGUUUAUCUGAUUCCACACUCCAUUAUCUGCCCGGAAGAAGAACCUCUUAAAAAGGAAGAUGAGGGUGAGCUGGCAAAGACCUUGGAGAAAAUGUCUCCAGCACUGUCGGGUAUCUUGGAUUAUGAAGCUGAUGUUUCUUUGGAAAAGAUCAAUCCCAUUACACAGAAUGGGCAGCAUAAAACCUGAACAGUAAGGUUUACAAGCCAGACCUAAUGGUGUGUGUUGUAAUAAUCUUUUUUGGGGAAAAAAAAAGAUACACAAGAUUUUUUUUUUGUAAGAACCUAAGCUCUAAGGGAGAAAAAUGCACAUUUACACCAAGCCCAGAAUUAAUUUUCCUGGCAUUCAGAGCAAAUUUAACAUUUCAAACAAUAAAGAGAAAAAUAUACUGGAAAUUGGUUGUGAAAAAGGAUGUAAAACUGUACUGUUCAUACUGAGGAAAAUCUACAAAUUUAGAUACAGUGCAGUUACAAAGAAAAUGUUGCUUCUCUGUACAGAGAAACCAAUUUCUAGCUAAAAGUGAGGCAAAAGAUAAAUGUUGAGUAUUUAAAGAUUAAUGUUUACUAGAAGUUAAAAGAUUGCUGUGUCUUGUGAUAGUGGGUGUUAACAGGUCCUAAUUAAAGACUGAGGGAUUGUAAAGGUAGGUAGAUGCCUUCUUAAAAUUAUUUCUGACAAAUAAUUGAGCCUUAUAACGAGAAUGGUUAUUUUUAAAGCUUUGGGAGGUAAUAUGUUGA